CGUGUGAUUUUAUUUGCCCAUUUAAUCCACGAAAGAUAGGAUAUCAUCAAAAUGAAGAGAGCUAAAUCCAACGUUUUUUAUGACGUCUACAAUCAACCUUACGAUGAUUUUACAAGACUCAAAUUGUAUAACAGCAGCAAAGCAAGUCUACAACUUAUGCAGCGAAUGUCAUUGUUGAAGCGAUUGAAGGUUCAUAAUGGCUGUGUGAAUUCUAUUUGCUGGAACAAUAGUGGUGAAUUUUUAUUGUCUGGCAGUGACGAUCAACAUUUGGUCUUGACAAAUGCUUAUAAUUAUCAGGUUCUGACAGAUUACAAAACAAGUCAUAGAGCUAACAUUUUUAGUGCCAAAUUUUUACCCAAUAGUGGAGAUCACCGCAUCAUAUCAUGCAGUGGAGAUGGUAUCAUUCUUUAUACAGAUUUGAUGAGAAGGGUGGAGACGUUCAAUAAUCAGUUCACCUGUCACAGCGGAACUACUUACGAAAUUGCUACUAUACCUACAGAACCCCACAGCUUCCUAAGUUGUGGAGAAGAUGGGACUGUAAGAUGGUUUGAUCUCAGAGUGAAAGAUAAAUGCAAUGCUCCGAGAUGUAGAGAUGAUGUAUUAAUCUCCUGCCAACGAGCUGUCACUGCUCUAUCCGUUAAUCCCUUAAUGCCUCAUCAACUGGCUAUUGGAUGUUCAGAUAGUACAGUGAGAACAUUCGACAGAAGAAUGCUUGGUACCCCAGCGACAGGGUGGAACGAUAACGGUGGUGCAGUAAGACCUUUGUGUAGUUUCACUGUACCUGAGUUUGAGGGAAAUUCAAAUAGAAUAACAUCGCUGAGCUAUAGUCCAGAUGGACAAGAUGUCCUUGUUAGCUAUAGCAGUGAUCAUCUCUAUCUAUUCAGUGUAAAGGAUCAAGGUAGUGUCCAUUUACGAAAAGAUUCGGUAGUUGCAAAAGGCAAGGGGAAAAAACAUCCCUUAAGAUCACCGCAACCAGUGAGACGAUUACGACUUCGUGGGGAUUGGUCGGACACUGGUCCAGAUGCUCGCCCUGAACGGGAGGGCGGGCGUCGUGGUGGAACUGAAAUAGCUCAGGCUCGUCCAGUACUGCAUACUUCUCUGAUGCAGAGAAUGACGGACGUUUUAAGUCGCAUGUUGAAUGAUCCCGCUACCCGAGCUGCUUUAAGCGGUGGUGGAGAAGAUAGCCUUGAAGGUGUUGGCGAUCACCAGGAAGAAAGUAAUCAGAACGUUAGUGAAAUCGUCGAAAAUAAUAAUGAAGUAAAUAAUGAUAGAAUGAGCGAGGAAGGUGAAUUAUCAGGAAGAACAUUGAAUCCUACGCAAAGCCGUAACGAUCAAAUAGAAAUUUCCAACUCUGCUGAUACUGAAGGUCAAAACAUUGAUCAUAAUAUGGAAGAAGCAGAUGUCGAUGAAUCUAGUAGUAACGUUGGUGCUUCUGCAAAUCACGGGGGUGAACAACCAACAGCUGUACCUGAUUUCUCCGAAAACACUAUACCUACCAAGUCUAAAGCUGUUUCUAUGGAAACAGAUUCUAGUCACACCGAUGUUCCAAAGGCAUCGAUACAGUCAUUGGAGUCUCUUAGCAUUUCCAGAUUAGAUAGUGAAAGCAGGAAUGAUCCCUCAUUGCCUAGCACCAGUAUUGAUGGAAAUAGAGAAGACAACAUGAUGGAGAAUCUGCAAGAUAGAUUAACCACAAUGCGAGAUGGCUUUCUUGAAUUACAUGGAAGCGAACCAGCAGUGAGCUUAACAUAUUCUGACAAAAGUUCUACUGGAGCUACAAUUUCGCUUGGCGUUGCAGAUGAAGUGACUCGUGAUACUUUUCUACCUGGUCCGUCCAGUACCAAUAAUUCCAGUGAUACUGUAGUUCAUCCGGGACCAAGUCAUGGUCAUAACAAACUGCCUACUCAGGAAACAAACGAAGAGUGUGAUGAAGAUAUAUACAAUGAUAGCGAUGAUGAGGAUAUGACGCCAAAUAGGAGGAUGGUGAAUCCAAUUGAGACAGAAAUGGAUGAAGCUAUUGCAAACGCACGCGGAGCACAGGGACAUGAAAUAUUUGAUGAAAGCUGUUUAACUGAGCUAAGAGUCAAACAAAAAUACAUGGGCCAUCGUAAUGCAAGUUUCUUUAGGACCAUGAUCAAAGAAGCCAACUUUUGGGGUGACGAUUAUGUCAUGUCUGGCAGCGAUUGUGGCCAUGUUUUCAUCUGGGAGAGAAGCACGGCUAAUCUUUGUAUGCUUCUCGAGGCCGAUCAGCAUGUAGUUAAUUGCCUACAGCCACAUCCUUACCUACCAAUGUUGGCUACAUCAGGAAUUGAUUAUGAUGUGAAAUUAUGGGCCCCAAUUAAUGAAGAGCCAAGCUUCGAUGACAAAUUUGCUGAAGACCUCAAAAAACGCAAUGCUGUUAUGCUAGAAGAGACCAAAGAUACGAUCACAGUGCCUGCAGUAUUCAUGAUCCGGAUGUUGGCCUGUCUUAACCAGAUUCGCAGAGGACGCGGGCGUAACAGGAGAAGAAGUGGAGAGGAAACUGAUGAAUUACGAGGUGGAUAGAAAACACAAACUGAUGUUGACGAUUUGAAUUUUGGCUAUAGGUGUAACUACAAUUAUUGAAACACCAAGAGAUGCUCACAGAAAUUGUUUCAUAUCGCAUGUCAUUGUAAAACAAUACUGUUAGUCUUGCACUAAUCAUUAAUCUGAUAUUAGAUGUAUCUGAUAGUACUUCGAGAGAUAAUAGGAAGUGAACUUCAAAAUACGAAUGCUUUGCUGACCGAUUAAGUUUCAAGAUAUUUAUAUUCUAGGAAAUUUUUAUUAUUCAUACCAUGAACAGAUAUUUUUAACCAUAUAUAAUAUAUUCUGAUAAAUAAACUUUGCAUUUGCCUCCUGAUUGCAGUAAAUUGCUAAUAAAUUAUAAAUUUUCAUGUAAGUUAUAUCGGGCUGUCAUAGUUUAAUUGUUGCAGAAGAUAUUUUUUUAACUCAAGUGCAAUAUCGAGUGAAUUUAUAUAUGGAUAUACGUUCAUAUGUAAAGAUCAGGUAGAAGUAAUAGAAUUUAUUAUAGUGACCCAUUUUGAGAACAAAAUUGCGAACUCCGAGUGUAGAACGUAAUCCAACUUUCAGUUAUCAGGCUUUACAUAAUCAAAUUAUAUAUGAACCCUAGGUAUGUAGUAUCUGAAAGUGGAAUUUACACAAUAGUAUUGUAUUGAGAAGAAAUUUUGUAGUUAAUAAAUAAAUAUUCCACACAUUUUGAGUUGAGAAAACCGAG